AAGCUGUCACCAUGUCAUUAUAAACUUCCUGGUCUAAAAGUUAAAGUACUCAAUUUUUCAAACCUGCUGCUAGCAUGCCAGAAUACCCAUCACCCAUGUGAUCCACAGACCCUUUCUCUCAUCAGCCCACACACAUGUGAAACCCACUCCUCACUCUUCAAUUGUCAGAUCUGAGAUAUCAUAUUCAUGAUAUAUUUUACCAUUUGACUGAAGAAAUGGACUUCCCUCCGGCUCAUAUUUUAGGCUCUCAAGAUGAGUUUAUUUGCUUGAUUGCUUCCCUAUCCCUUCAGCAAAAAUAGGUGGAAAGAUCCGUUGCAGAACCAUUGAUUUGGUGUCUGAAUCAGGCGGUCAAACAGGGGAUCUUACUUUCUUAAUUUACUUAUUUUAUUUAUUAUCCUGUGAAGUAAUUGUGGUUAGUUAGGGUGUUGAGAUUGAGCAAUGGAGCUGGUGAGCCCAAUCUUGGAUGUUGCGUGCCGAUUAUGUGGUUGCAUCGGAAAUUCUACCAACAAUAUUUGUCAUCUCCAAAAAAAUCUCACCACUUUGAGAACGGAGAUGGAAAAAUUGAAAAGGCAAAGAGACGAUAUGAGGCAAGAAGUUGAAACUGCUGAGAGGCAACCAAUGGGUCAACGAAGCAGCCGAGCUGAUCUCUGGCUUCAAAGUGUGGAAGAACUGGAGAGGGAAGUGGACCAGAUUCUCCAAAAGGGUGAGGAACAGAUCCAGAGAAGAUGUUUCAAAGUUUGCCCCAGAAAUUGCUGGUCUACCAACAAAAUCGGAAAGGAAGUUUGGGGAAAGUUACAAGCCGUGUCUCAAGCGAUCAAUGAAGGUACAAACAUUCCUGUGGCAGUAACCUCGGCCCCGCCACAUGCCCAAGAAAUGCCCCUCAACAGGACUGUGGGCUUGGAUUCGAAAUUGAACGAGGUCUUGGGACUCCUUACAGACGAUGGUGGCCCUGGAAUCAUCGGGAUAUACGGGAUGGCAGGAGUUGGAAAAACAACCCUUCUCACGAAACUCAACAAUGAGCUUACAAAGCAGGUCAUCUCUGGAGGGUUUGAUGAGGUGAUUUGGGUUGUGGUGUCUAAAGAUCAAAGUAGCGUCGAGAGCGUUCAAGAUAAAAUGGGGAAAAAGCUAGGAUUUCCAGAAACAUGGAGCCGUGAUAAUACCCAAGACGAGAAGAAAGGAGAAAUCUUCAGGGUAUUGCGAAUGAAGAGAUUUGUGCUACUUUUAGAUGACAUAUGGAGUCCGAUUGAUCUUGUUGAAGUGGGAAUUCCACUACUUCCAGCCGACAAUCAACCUAAGUCUUCCAAGGUAGUGUUCACCACCAGAUUCAUGAAUGUGUGCGGUGUUAUGGAAGCCAAGAAGACGAUUGAAGUGGAAUGUUUGGCAUGGCAGGCAGCCUGGGAUCUGUUUAAAGAUAAGGUGGGAGAAGAGACCCUCAAUUCCCACCCCGCGAUAGGGAAGCUGGCAGAAGAUGUUUGCAAAGAAUGCGCCAGAUUGCCAUUGGUGCUGAUUACAAUUGGACGAGCCAUGGCUGCCAAAACAACUCCCCAAGAAUGGAAUUAUGCAUUAAAUGUGCUGAAGAAUUCUACAUUCAAAAUUUCAGGUAUGGAAAAUGAGGUGUUUCGCCGUUUAAAGUUCAGUUAUGAUAACUUGUGUGAUGAAACAACUCGGAUUUGCUUCCUAUAUUGUGCUCUCUAUCCAGAAGAUUGGGAUAUUAAUGUUUCCGAUCUCAUAGAAUUUUGGAUAGGUGAGGGGUUUUUUGACAAUGAAUGUGAUAACAUUGAUGAGGCUUGUGAACUGGGAUAUGAAAUUAUUGGUAGGUUGAAGCAUGCAUGUUUAUUGUUGAAGAAAGAAUAUGUAUAUUGUGUGAACAUGCAUGACGUGAUUCGGGACAUGGCAUUAAGUAUAGUUAAUUCGGAAAGUGGAAAGGAGAUCAAAUAUUUUGUGCAAGGAAAUCUUAAUUUGACCACAGCACCUCCUAUUUCUAAAUGGGAGAAGGCUGAACGAGUAUUUUUGUUGGAGAAUUCAAUUGAGGAAUUAAGUGAAACUCCUAAAUGUCCCAAUCUCUUGACUUUAAAUCUUGCUGAGAAUCAUUUGAGGACCAUAUCUGAUACCUUCUUUCAGUUUAUGCACGCUCUCAAAGUUUUAGACCUAUCAGGGAAUGACGAUUUAACCAAGUUACCGGCAAGUUUUUUUGGGUUGCCUUCCUUGCAACAUCUUAAUCUCACGCGUACCGGCAUAAGGCAGUUGCCAAUUGAGUUUAAGUCAUUGGUAACUUUGAAGUAUUUAUAUCUGGGUGUUCGAUGGGAAACUGAUGAUAUAAUAAUCCCGCCGCAAGUUAUAUCAAGUCUAUUGAUUCUGCAAAGGUUGGAGUUCGGUUCUCGUAGUGUUUUGUUAGAAGGAAUUGAUGAAGGAAGCAACUUCAAAUUGUUUCUAGAUGAAUUGGAAAGCUUGAAUCACCUGCAAUAUUUAACUUUGACGGUGAAAACUGAAGUGGCACUCCAUAAUCUUUCAAGUUGGCGAAAAUUAGGAAGUUGCAUUGCUGGUCUAACUAUUAAAGAAUGCGAAGGCUCGAGUUCACUGCAAUUGUCUUCUCUACAAAAGAACGCAAAGAGACUAGAAUGGCUUACAAUUGUAGAUUGUAGUGAUUUAGAGGAGUUGUCAAUGAGGCAGGAUCAUAUAAUAAUAGAUGCAGCAAGCAGAAGCUUCCAUAACCUUCGAAAUGUCACGAUCGAUGCGUGCAGGGUUUUGAGGGAUCUAACAUGUCUAAUUUGGGUUCCCAAACUUCAAAAUUUGUAUAUUUAUGGAUGUGUUGCAAUGGAACAAGUAAUAAAAGAUGCGGAUUGCAGUGCUGAUGAUAUUGGUGGGGAAGGAAGUUCGAAUGUAUUCAGGGAGCUACAAACAUUGGGUCUGUGGAAUCUACCAGAGUUAAAGAGCAUCUGCAGUCAUCCAUUGCCCUUCCCCUCUCUCUUUAAAGUUGCAGUGGGUAACUGUCCGAAGCUGAACAAACUUCCAUUUGACUCCAAUAGCGGCAAAGGAACUCUACAAUCAAUUACAUGUGAGAGAAAUUUGUGGGAUAAGUUAGAAUGGGAGAAUGAAGAAACUCAGUCUGUUUUCUCUCCUCUUUUCAAACCAUGGUAAUUUUGAGGAAGAGUUGUCGUAUCUUACAGCCUAGGGGCAUUAGGUUAGGGCAUCAUUCAUUUAUUUUUCCUUCAGGUAUGGGAACUGCACGCGCAAGGAGACUGUUGCCUUUGGCGGACACAUCAUUGGAAGGGUUUUGCAGUUUCUUCAAGAAAUUCAAAGCUCAGACCGUCAGAUAUAUUUCUAUUGUGGUGAAGAUGCUUACAGGUGAAUGAGAAGAGCUGUAUUCGGAUUCUAUAUAUAUAUAUAUAUAUAUGAGUAUAUAUUUAGUUUAUAUUUGAUCUUAUUAGCCUUUGAUUGACAUGUUGCAUGUGGAUUUGGAGAGUGAUUUGGUUGAAUUUGAUAAUGUAUGAAUCUUCAUUUAGAACUCGUAGUUAUGUCAAAUUGUCUGUACGUUAAUGAGACCUUCUAAGUUUGCAUAAUUUAUUUAUUCUAUUUUAUUUGGGUA